AUUUGAUGCAGCUUUUGUCAGUCAUCACUAUAACAUCAAAAAACACCUUCUAUUCUUCCCACUUCCUCCACCAAAUUCAGUGAGAGGAUCUGAGAAGAAGCAUUGGCCAGAGGAACUCAGCUUUUUCCUUCUACGCAUGACUGCAAGGGGCAGAGACCCCAUAAGGGGUCUUCUCUCGCCACAAAUGGCCCUCCCAUUUGCCAUUGCUCUCCUUUCUAUCACUCUCGUUUCCGUCAAUGCUGAUGGUUACCCUUACUAUUCUCCUCCACCACCUUCUCCUUCACCACCACCUCCUUACGUCUACAAGUCCCCCCCUCCACCAACCUAUGAGCACAAAGCUCCACCGUAUUAUUAUAAAUCACCACCACCUCCUUCCCCCUCUCCUCCACCUCCUUACUACUACAAGUCUCCUCCACCACCUUCUCCCUCACCUCCUCCUCCUUAUUACUAUAAGUCCCCACCACCUCCUUCCCCAUCUCCUCCUCCUCCUUACUACUACAGGUCUCCUCCACCACCCUCUCCCUCACCUCCUCCUCCCUACUACUACAAGUCACCACCACCUCCUUCCCCGUCUCCUCCUCCUCCUUACUACUACAAGUCUCCUCCACCCCCGUCACCCUCACCUCCUCCCCCAUACUACUACAAGUCUCCACCACCCCCAUCACCAUCACCUCCUCCCCCUUACUACUACAAGUCUCCUCCACCACCUUCUCCAUCACCUCCUCCUCCCUACUACUACAAGUCACCACCACCUCCUUCACCAUCCCCUCCACCACCCUACUAUUACAAGUCUCCACCUCCUCCUGUAAAGUCUCCGGCUCCGACUCCUUAUUAUUAUAAAUCUCCCCCUCCUCCAUCACCAAAACCAUACUACUACAAGUCUCCACCACCCCCAUCACCCUCACCUCCUCCCCCGUACUACUACAAGUCUCCACCACCUCCUUCACCAUCUCCUCCACCACCCUACUAUUACAAGUCUCCACCACCUCCUUCACCAUCUCCUCCACCACCCUAUUAUUACAAGUCUCCACCUCCACCUGUAAAGUCUCCGGCUCCAACUCCUUAUUAUUAUAAAUCUCCCCCUCCUCCCUCACCAAAACCAUACUACUAUAAGUCUCCACCACCACCUUCUCCAACUCCAUACUACUACAAGUCUCCCCCACCACCACCACCUUACUACUACAAAUCUCCUCCUCCUCCAUCUCCAACUCCUUACUACUACAAGUCUCCACCACCACCACCAUCCCCAACUCCUUACUAUCCAUCUCCCACUCCAUACUACUACAAGUCUCCACCACCACCUUCUCCAACUCCCUAUUACUAUAAGUCUCCACCACCACCAUCCCCAACUCCCUAUUACUACAAGUCUCCACCACCACCUUCCCCAACUCCUUACUAUCCAUCCCCCACUCCUUACUACUACAAGUCUCCACCACCACCAUCUCCAACUCCCUACUACUACAAGUCUCCUCCACCACCAUCUCCAACUCCCUACUAUUACAAGUCUCCACCACCACCGUCUCCAACUCCUUACUAUCCAUCCCCCACUCCUUACUACUACAAGUCUCCACCACCACCAUCCCCAAAACCUUACUACUAUAAGUCUCCACCACCACCAUCUCCAACUCCUUACUAUCCUUCCCCAACUCCCUACUACUAUAAGUCUCCACCACCACCAUCCCCAACUCCCUACUACUACAAAUCUCCACCACCACCAUCACCAACUCCUUACUAUCCAUCCCCAACUCCUUAUUACUACAAGUCUCCACCACCACCCAAAUAUCCACCUCCCUACUACUAUAACUCCCCUCCUCCACCGGUUGUUUAUCCCCCACACCCCUACCAUCCCCACCACCACCCUUUGAUCGUCAAGGUAGUGGGUAAAGUCUACAGCUUCAAGUGCUACGACUGGGAGUAUCCCGAAAAGUCUCACAACAAGAAACACCUCAAAGGUGCUAUUGUGGAGGUUAAAUGCAAAGCAGGAAGAAACAUCAUAAAGGCUUAUGGUGAAACUAAGAGCAAUGGAAAAUACAGUAUCACAGUUAAGGACUUUGACUAUGUGAAAUAUGGAUCAGUAGUCUGCAAGGCCCACCUUCAUGCUCCACCUAAGGACUCUCCCUUCAACAUACCUACCAAGCUGAACGAGGGAACUCCAUUGAAGGUGAAAUCAAAAGAUAAAUAUGAAGUUGUGCUCAAGGCUAAGCCAUUUGCUUAUGCUUCAAAGAAGCACUUCAAGGACUGUGACAAGAAGCCUUAUAAGCCUUCACCAACACCAUACUAUUACAACUCACCUCCUCCUCCCUCUCCAGUUUACGUAUACAAAUCACCACCACCACCAUCACCAACUUAUGUUUACAAGUCACCACCACCACCCGUCAAGUCACCUCCCUAUUAUUAUAAGUCUCCACCUCCACCAUCACCAAAACCUCAACCUCCAUACUACUACCACUCUCCACCUCCUCCAUCACCAGUACCAAAGCCUCCAUACUACUACCAAUCUCCACCUCCCCCAUCACCAAAACCUAAGCCUCCGUACUACUACCACUCUCCACCUCCACCAUCACCGGUGCCAAAGCCUCCUUACUACUACCAAUCACCACCCCCUCCAUCACCAAAACCUAAGCCUCCAUACUACUACCACUCUCCACCUCCUCCAUCUCCCUCUCCUCCACCUCCAUACUACUACCACUCUCCACCUCCACCAUCACCGGUGCCAAAGCCUCCAUACUACUACCAAUCUCCACCCCCACCAUCACCAAAGCCUAAACCUCCAUACUACUACCACUCUCCACCUCCACCAUCCCCUUCACCUCCCCCUCCAUACUACUACCACUCUCCCCCUCCACCAUCCCCCUCACCUCCCCCUCCAUACUACUACCACUCCCCACCUCCACCCUCACCGGUUUAUAAGCCUCCAUACUACUAUAAAUCUCCACCUCCACCAUCACCCUCUCCUCCCCCUCCGUACUACUAUAAAUCUCCACCUCCACCAUCACCCUCUCCUCCCCCUCCGUACUACUAUAAAUCUCCACCCCCACCUUCACCAUCCCCUCCUCCUCCAUACUACUAUAAAUCUCCCCCACCACCUUCACCAUCCCCUCCACCACCUUACUACUAUCACUCCCCACCUCCACCUAAAGAGAGCACACACCCUCCCUACUACUACCACUCACCACCACCACCAUCCCCAUCACCACCACCUCCAUAUUACUACAAAUCCCCUCCACCCCCGUCCCCAUCUCCACCACCUCCUUAUUACUAUAAAAGUCCUCCUCCACCAUCUCCCACUCCUCAUCAUCCCUACUACUACAAAUCCCCUCCACCACCAACGUCGUAUCCUUCACCUCCUUACCACUACGUGAGCCCUCCACCACCUUCUCCAUCUCCACCUCCACCAUACCAUUACAAAUCACCACCUCCUCCCUCCCCAGCUCCCGCUCCAAAGUACAUUUACAAAUCACCUCCGCCUCCAGCUUACGUCUAUGCUUCCCCACCUCCACCUAUCUACAAGUAAGCUCAGACUGCGGAAGCACCAUUCACGAUAAAUCAUGUUGUAGUUUUCUUCGAGGAAUAAAUGCAAGCUCCAUUUGGAGUGAAGUGAAAUAUCUAUCUUCCUAUCCAAGUUCUUUGAAUAAAAGUCUGAAGGUGUCAUCUCCGAGCUACAAUAUCUGUGAUUCAGACCCGCUUGAUUCUAUUUGUUUGAUGGCCAUCUUGCACGUCCUGAUCUUAUUGUGUUCAAGUGACGGACAAAUCAAAACAAGGAAGAGAGAUUUAAAGUGUAAAUGCCAAGUUAAAAGUACAGUCCACUCUUAGUCAUCUCUUUAAUUUAUUUGUUCAUAGAUUAAUAUGGCCGUGUAUGAUUGCUUUUCUAUUUAUCGUGGAAUUUUUGUAUCGUGCCCGUUCUUGUGUUUGCAAUAAGUAAUAGUAAUAAAGCAGCAGCAAUUCAAAUUCUGCUCUCAAA